UGUGCAGAAGGCCGGGUUAUUUCCCUCCCCAGGAUUCAAUGAAGCAUUAAGCCGAAGUUUCUGAACGGGUGAAGAUAUACAGUUUGGACUACUAGGAAUAAAACAUGCAAUACUUGGAUUAUUUAAUAUGUCUAUACAUCUUCUUUGGGGGGACGUGUGUGGACAGCCUAAAGAAACUACCUCAUGUGAUCAAAUAUGAAACAAUUACGCCUCAAAAACUACAUAAACUAUCUCAAACAAAUACAGAACAACAGAAAACCCCUCCAAUAGUCACAUUCUCACUGGCCAUAGAUGGGCUGAACAGGACUCUCCACUUGGAAAGAAACAUACAUCUUAUUGGGAGAAACUUCACUGUUGUACAUUAUUCUGACCAAGGCACUGCAGAAACAACCAUACCAGAUUAUAAGUAUCACUGCUACUAUCAAGGGCGCGUCGUGGAGGUGGAGGACUCCUCGGCCAGUGUCGACCUCUGCUCAGGAAUCAACGGGUACGUGCGUAUUGAGGACCAGUCGUACCUCAUUGAACCCCUCGCAGAGGAAGGGGAGACAGACCAGCAGGAAGGCACCGGAGAAGGGGAGGGGCUUCACGCCGUGUACAACUCCAGACACCUGAGACGGAAGAGGAGCUCCUGUGGCCAUGACAACGAGGAGACCGUCUUUGACCACGGGUCGAUCCCCUCCGGACUGUUCCGUCUCAGUAAACCGAAAAGCUCUCAGCAGAUGAAGAAGUUCCAGAUCGGCAAAACCAGAACAGUGGAAUUGGUUCUUGUGGUGGACUAUGCGGAGUACAAGAAGUACGGCAGGAAGACUGUGACAGCGAGGAUGCUUGCGGUGGUGAACCACGUGGACAAGCUGUAUCGUAGCCUGGGUAUCCGCGUGAUGCUGGUGGGUCUGGAGAUCUGGACCUACGGAGACCAGAUAGAGGUCAGCCCCGAUCCCAACAUCACACUGGAACGCUUCAUGGCCUGGCGCCAGCAGACACUGUUACCGAGGAUCAAGCAUGACAACGCUCAGUUCAUCACGAAGGUGGAUUUCAUCGGCAAUACCGUAGGCCUGGCGUACAUCGGUGAAAUAUGUACCAGCCGUUCUGUGGCCGUCAACGAGGAUCAUACCGACAACGCCAUCGGGGUGGCGACCACCCUUGCCCACGAGAUGGGGCACAACCUGGGCCUGUCUCAUGAUGCUCCAGGCUGCGUCUGCCGGUCCUCCCAGCCCCAGAGCGGCUGCAUCAUGGCCCCGUCAAACGGGCAUUUCAAUCCAGAGGUGUUUAGCACAUGCAGCCUGGACCAGCUCGCCCAGUUCCUGGAGCAAAAGGACCCUGCUUGUCUGCUGGAGACCCCCUCUACUGACCGCAUCUUUGGAGGCCCCGUGUGUGGAAAUGCCUUUGUGGAGCCUGGAGAAGAAUGUGAUUGUGGCACUGUGACGGAAUGUAAGAAUCCAUGCUGCAAUGCCACCACAUGCAAACUCAACGCAGGGUCCAAAUGUGCAGAGGGAGAGUGCUGCAGUAAUUGCCAGCUGCAGCCGACUGGCACCAGGUGCAGAUUUCAGGCCACAGAGUGUGAUAUGGCCGAGUUCUGCACCGGCUUCUCUGCCGCCUGCCCCAAGGAUGCCUUCACCCAAAACGGCCGGCCCUGUAACCGCCGGAGUGGCUACUGCCUCAACGGACAGUGUCCCUCCCGGGAGCAACACUGCAAGAGACUUUGGGGCCCAGAUGCUCAGGAGGCAUCGGCGCGUUGCUACAGCUUUGCUCGCAAGGAUCAAAAGUGUGGGACGCUGAUGUGCUCAGGAGGCUGGAAAUUCCCCCUCACUAACUCACGGACCACUUACCCUGUUCCCAAUGGAGAGCAAUGCUACGAGGCGUCCAUAGAUCCUAAGGACAACUUCCCAGCCGAUUUGGUGAAGAUUCCUACUGGGACCAAAUGUGGAAGCAACAUGGUCUGCUACGAACAGAGUUGUCAAAACAAGAAGGACAUAGUGAGUGUUUACGGAACGGAGGACUGCUCGGAUAAGUGCAACAACCGCGGGGUGUGUAACCACGAGAGGCAGUGCCACUGUGACCCCGGUUGGGCCACGCCCUACUGUGAUGAGAAGCUCACAGAAGGGUCUAUAGGGAUGAAACCUUCUGUCGUUAUUGGUUUGACAGUGGCCGCAGGGCUGGUUCUUCUGUUCGUCGGGUUCUUCGGAGUAGUGCCGUGGCGCAAAAAGAGCAGAGGCUCCCAAAAGAGACCUCGCCACACCUCCACUGGAGAGGUCAACCCCGUGUUCCAGUCAGGACAGGGAAGCCCUCGCCCCAGGCCACCGUCGAUCGGCAAGCCCAAGUUUGUGACGUCUACGGCUUCUCAAGUCUCUCGACCGGCGACUCAGCCUCUCAGGGGGGGAUUAGUACCCAGCAGAGCCGCGCCGGAGCCACCCAAGAAAAUGGCCUUUGUGGCUCAACCGCCUGGGGUCCAACAGGUAGCCUGCCAGGUCAAUACCUUCUUAUCAGAGCUGGCUGCUCAGAUUAGAACAACCGUACAAGUCAAAGAGCAGCCUUGUGUUGAACCAGGAGAAGUUCCCUGUGACGUCUGUACUGGGACCCAGCGGAAGGCUGUGAAGUCCUGCCUAGAGUGUUUUACCUCUUACUGCCAAACCCACCUGGAGCCACAUCAGAGAGUCGCUGGCCUGAAGAAACAUCGGCUGGUCGAGCCUAUGGACCGUCUGGAAGACAGGAUGUGUAAGAAACACGACCGACUUCUGGAGCUCUUCUGCCAGACUGAACAGGUGUGUGUGUGUCUGUUGUGCACAGUGACAGACCACAAGUCCCAUCCUGUUGUACCUCUAAAGGAGGAAUAUGAAGUGAAGACGGCCCAGCUGGGGAAGACGGUGACUGACGUUCCGCAGAAGAUCCAGGAGAGAAAACAAAAGAUUAAGGAGAUCAAGGACACAGUGGAACUGAGCAACAAAGACGCAGACAGAGAGAUUGCCCAUGGUGGGCAGGUCUUCACUGCUCUGAUAGGCUGUGUUGAAAAGGGCCGGGAUGAAUUCAACCAAACGGUUCAAGAGAAACUGAAAUCCACAGUGAAACGAGCUGAAGACCUCAUCAAAGAGCUGGAGCAGGAAAUAGAAGGCGUUCUGCACCGCGACAUCAAGCCUGAGAACCUCCCGGUGGAGACAGGCUCCGGGACGCCCCGGGUCCGGGUCAUAGACCUGGGGUGCGGCUGCCGCCACAACAGCGGGGUGUAUUCAGAGUUCAGCGGCACCGCCUCGUACACCCCCCCAGAGUGGUUCACUCUGCAGUUCUACAGAGCCAACUGA